AUGCAACACAAAAAAAAAUUCAAUUCACAAGGUAUCCAAAUGAAUAUUAAACCGUCAAAAACCGACCCAGCAAGUGAUAGAUUGCCCAUUCUUUCGUCAGCACUGCCAUCUUAUGCUUAUGGUUCCUCUGCAGAUCUUGAUGUGAAUGAACAUCAGUCACUCCUUCAAGAUUUGCUUGAAAGAAAAUACAACUCAAAAUAUCCAAACUGUCAGGUUUCCAUUGAGUUUAUUGCGUCAGGGACCUAUGGAAUGGUUUUUAAAGUACAAGCAGAUGACGAAAUAUUUGCCGUGAAAAUGGUGAGAAAAGACAGCAAGAAGAAGUAUGAAAAUGAAAAGAAGCCACAUAGUUUGAAAUACGAUCACAUUGUAAAGAUUAAUGAAGUUUUCGAGGAGAAGAUAUCUGGACAAGUAACAAUCAUUGGGUUGGAGAUGAAGUACUAUGAACAAUCAUUGUCAACCUUGUUUCCCAACAACAACAUGCCUGAAAUUGUGGCAAUUCAAGUUCUAAGUCAAUUAUCGCAAGCUCUAUCUUAUGUUCAUGAACUUGGUGUCCUUCACCGCGACAUCAAAAGUGAAAACAUUCUUGUUGAAGAAUAUACUACAAGAUGGAAAAUCAAGGUUGUCCUUUCCGAUUUUUCGCUGUGUAGAGAUAAACAGAGUGUCAUUGAAGGAACGCCAAAAACUGCACCCGAGUUGGCAAGUCCAACUGCUGCAGACAUUUAUAGCUUGGGAUGUAUGAUUAGAGAGCUUUGUAGCAACUCAUUUUUAUCACCUCAAUUCAAGCAUUUACUGAGUAAGAUGACAAGUGACAGCAUUUCUGAAAGACCAACAGCAUCUGGAAUUGAGGAGCAUUUGAAAAAAACUACAAGUCAAAGACAAGCACUUGAAGUUGUUCACGAUUUUUAUAGACAUGUGAGAAAUCAAAAGGUGGAACGAGGAUUGAAUAUGAUUAGAGAUGCAAUGUUCGAAAGAAUUGAUGAGAGUAAACAGAGAAGAAAGACAGAUCUCUCAUUAUCCAAAGUGAAAGCGCUUGUGAAGAUUGUGGUGGCCUUUAUUGUUCUUAUCAUCAUUGGUCUUUCAGUCUUUUGGUACUACUUAUCGACGAACAAUGUUUAUACAUUCAUUUUCAUUUCACUUAAUGUCCCUCUCAUUCAUUGGAUAUGUUUGUGGUAUGGAGAUUACAAAUAUUAUUCAAUCCAACUCAAAGUUUUUGACGGUUCUGAAGAAUUUACUACCAAACAAGAAGCAAUUCAAAAUGCUAUUAGUGAUCUGGCUGAGAUGAUUAAAAGCUUCAGCGCCAACAAAACAAGAAGAUAA